UGAAAAAAAACACAGAGAGAAAGUAUUUACGCUGCCGUGACUUUUGCCCACUGAGCCUCAUCCUCACUGCGUCCUGUGCAGCGGCGCGGCAAACAAAACGUUUUUAACCCUCCUCAAAGUUUUGUUUUUGCCUUGUUGGACACGUUUUGUUCAGCGCGAGAACAUCCUUCAGUCGUGAAGUCGUGAAGGAAACAAGGUGUUCAACAUCCUCUGCUGUGCGCCCUCUUGAGUGACCCCCUCUCCUUCCUCCCCACCCUGUGACUCCACCUCUUCCAUGAUGUCCUCUCAGGCCACACCCAUCCAGGGCUCACGACCUGUGACUCCUCCACUUACCUCUGCAGGAUCCCCACGUUCGCCGUUGUUGGCAGAGACCCUGCAGCCCCCAGCCUGCAGACACAGAGACCGCUCGCCAUCCCCCAUGAGAGGCUACCUCAUCCCCAGCCCUCUGCCCACACGCCGAAACAGGACCUGCUCAGCGACGGCUCGUGCAUCAGAGGGUCCGGUGUUUCCUGGUGUGUGUAAAUGCUUUUCCCGCUCCAAAGGCCAUGGCUUCAUCACGCCAUCCGACGGGGGGAAAGACAUCUUCGUCCACAUCUCAGACAUCGAGGGCGAGUACGUGCCGGUGGAAGGCGACGAGGUGAGCUACAAAGUCUGCUCCAUCCCCCCCAAACACGAGAAGGUCCAGGCAGUGGAGGUGACCAUAACCCACCUCAAACCGGGGACCAAACACGAGACCUGGUCGGGACACGUCGUCAGCAGCUGAGCGCCAACCCCAGCGUGGCCAGGCCAAGGCGGGUGGGGGAUCGGGAGGGAUGGAAGGGUUAAGAAGGGAGCGUUGGAUGAUCGGGUGGGGAGGAUUGAAUGAGGGAUGUUAUUGGGAGCAGUGAGCGGAGGGAAAGCCAGGUAAUAAUCUUAGUUCUCCUUGUUUAACAGUCAGGACACGUCAGAGGAAGAACGAGGUCCUGAGGUGACGGUUUAAUUCAGAGGGCAGUCUGAUCUCAUAGUUUACUUCAGUUCAAACGUGGGACGCUUCCUCUAGUAACUAUAUUUUGGGGAAACGUACAGUUUGUUUGAUUGCCGAUUACAGUGAAGAGAUGUUUAUUAUAGACAGACUUCUAACAUUAGGUUUCUUGCUUAGAUUCGUAGAGUCCCGAUGUGGAAACCUGAUUUGUGCGUUGUUUGAAAUUGUACUUGGUUUGAUGAGGAGAUUCAUUUCGGCUACAGUUCUUGCUCAUGUGGAGAGUGCUGAAGGGAUGCAGGAGGGCAGCGCUCCAUGUCACGCUGUCCAGCACCGUGGGGCUGGGUUCCAGUAUACUGCGUGUGCCUACUUCUACACAGAGAGCUGCCAGCUCUGUUUGUGCCUACUUCUACCAAUCUAUCAUCUGUAUCUGAUCAGGGCGACUGUAUGAGUGGAUUAAAGCCUUUUCAACCAGUG